AUGUUUACGAUUACUAUCUCACCUGAAAAUUCGAACUCAUACGAUUGUCCGUUGACCGGUUUCGGGGGCCUCCACGCCUCCAUGCCCACGGCAAUACCCACAAACGGCGGAUAGAAAUGGCCAUUUAGAGUCUGGGUUCUGUCGGAGGAAAAGAAAGAACAAUACACAACACAAUUCAUAGUUCCAAGUAGCAGAAAAGGAUGGGAAGGGUUCGGCUGCUUGUUUCAGAUUUCCUCAUGUCCUUCAUGUGGGUGUGGUCUGGGGUUCUAAUUAAGGUAUCUGUCUCCAGAUAUUUGGGGUUGAGUCACCAGCCAGUUCUUGAGGCCGUGAAAAUGACGCUUUCCAUCAUAAAUAUGUUCUUUUUUGCAUUGUUGGGAAUAUGGACCCAUGGCGGUGCCUAUAAUCCUCUCACAGUUUUAGCCGGUGCCAUUUCUGGAGAUUUCAGCAAUUUCCUUUUCUGCGUUGGCGCUAGAAUUCCCACUCAGGUGUUGGGAUCUAUUACUGGGGUUAGGUUCAUAAUUGAUACAAUUCCUGAAGUAGGGCGGGGACCACGUUUGAGCAUUGACAUCCAUCGAGGUGCUCUGACAGAAGGAUUCCUAACAUUUGCAAUUGUCAUCAUAUCACUAGGGCUUGCUUCAAAACUUCCAGGAAGUUUCUAUAGGAAGACUUGGAUUUCCAGUAUUUCCAAGCUAACACUUAAUAUACUUGGCUCUGAUCUGACUGGUGGUAUUAUGAACCCAGCCUCUGUGAUGGGAUGGGCUUACAAUCGAGGGGACCACAUUACGAAAGAGCACAUCCUUGUAUACUGGCUUGCCCCCGUAAAGGCAACUCUACUAGCAGUGUGGAUAUUCAAAUUGCUAGUUAGGCCUGCAACACGAGAAAACCAGCACAAAAACUAAAUCAGAUUGAUGAAACCUUAUCCAGUGCUAAUUCGCUGAUUGCUUCUGGCUUCAAUUAACAUACUUGGAAGUUGUGGGAGUCCGGUAUUCAUAUUUAUUUCAUCAGGUGGCUAACGUGUGAUCAUCAUGCCCUAUGCUAUAUACUAUAAAUGAUGUGUGUUCAUUUGUAAUUGUAAGUAUCAUUAUGAAUAUGGCCCGGCAGCCCUGCCAUUUCUCUGAUUGUAUCAACUUGAGCUCCUGUAUAUUAUAGUGCUUGCAUGAUGCACGUGCGUUAGGGUUUAUGUGUUAA